AUGCGGCCGACUUCCGUGCGGCCAACUUUGGCUUUGGGUAGUCAGUACGUCUGCUCAAGCUGUCGACGACCUGGCUACGAUGCCGUCCGCCAGCCUGGUUUCCGCCCGCUCCAUGCGUCUCCAAUCUUCCAGCGUCCUCGGCGACGAGAGUUCUUCUCGUCGAACCCUUCCCUUCUCAGCCAGUCGGCUCAGUUGAGAGAUGAACCGAAAGAAGACUCUGCAAACAUACAAGCACAGAAGAGGAAAACAGCUCGAUCCGCAGGUACCAAAACCUCCCUUCGCAGGAUCGGCCUCGAGGCGCAACGUUCAAAAGCCGGCAAUCUUGCCCGCUCGAGCGGAAAGUCCCAAGAAGAUAUCGGCACACCCAAGUUGGUGACAGCAUACGCAGUCGCCGAUACAUUUGACCUGACCAAAGUCGUUGAUAUCCUCCGCAGCAAGGGCUACGAACCCGACCCUCUCGGCACCGGCCUCUUUCCCCAGGUCGUGCACGUCCAGAUUCCUAUAUCUUCGAUAUACCGCUCGACGAAUCCAGCUGCCGUAGACUUGUCAUCCACCGAGGUCGGGGAUGCGUUCAUAUUCCCCUCCGGCACACUCGUCACCUGGGCCCUGCCAGAAGGAUUCACAUCGUACUUUGCGACACGCACACUUCUACCGGCCGCCGAGAAUCCUCACAAAGAGCCUAUCGAGACCGAAGACCUAGACUAUAUUGAAGAUCCAACGCGGAAAGAUAGCCUCAUCAGGGGUGAGACCAUUAUACUGGGUACGAAGCAGAACAACUCCGGCUCCGCUGACAUGACAAGCGACCUCUCGCGUGAGUACCAGUACCAGUCGGUCGACACGGUGCUCACCAAGAUCGCCUUCUCGUCAGGUUUCGCACGUAGCACGAAACUAGCAGUUCUCGAGACAAACUUGUCCACCUAUCUCACAUCGACCGCCGACAUUCCCGCUCUUCUCUCCAAGGGCUCGCGUCUCCCGUUCAAGUUGUCCCGAGGCUUCAUCCUACGCAAGACAGGCCAACUCCUUCUCCUCCGCGCACAACUGAACCUCUAUUCCGAACUCACGGACUCGUUACCGGAUAUAUUCUGGGACUCUCGCCACGAGCUGAACCUGGAGAACUAUUACGACCAAGUUGGACGAGCUUUGGACGUCGGAAUUCGAAUCAAGGUGUUGAACGAGAAGAUGGACUAUGCAGCGGAGAUCGCGACCGUUCUUCGGGAGAGACUGAGCGAGAAGCACGGCUUGUUCCUCGAGUGGAUGAUCAUCGUGCUCAUCGCAGUCGAGGUCGGCUUUGAAGUUCUGCGGCUGUGGAAAGAGGGGUUCUGGGAGGAGGUUUGGGAAGAGAGCAGAGGGCGCAGCCGUGCCUCUAAGAAACACGAGUCGGACAGGAUCCUCGAAGAGGCUGCUGAUUCUUGA